AUGUCCGCCAAGUCCAUUCUCGAGGCCGAUGGCAAGGCCAUCCUGAACUACCACCUCACCCGCGCUCCGGUCAUCAAGCCCACCCCUCUGCCUGCCUCCGCCACACACAACCCGCCUCCUCGUCUUGCAUCCCUCCACUUCCCCGAUGACAAGGCCGUCAAGGACGUCCUGGACCAGGCUGAGGUCACCUACCCGUGGCUCCUCACUGCCGGUGCCAAGUUCGUCGCCAAACCCGAUCAAUUGAUCAAGCGUCGGGGCAAGUCCGGCCUCCUCGCCCUGAACAAGACCUGGGCUGAGGCCCGCGCGUGGAUUGAGGCCCGCGCCACCAAGGAUGUCCAGGUUGAGACCGUCACCGGUGUCCUGCGCCAGUUCCUGGUCGAGCCCUUCGUCCCCCACAGCCAGGAGUGCGAGUACUACAUCAACAUCAACUCCGUCCGUGAGGGUGACUGGAUCCUCUUCACCCACGAGGGUGGUGUCGACGUCGGUGAUGUCGAUGCGAAGGCUGAGAAGCUCCUCAUCCCCGUCCAGCUCAAGAACUUCCCCUCCAAUGAUGAGAUUGCCGCCGCUCUGCUGAGCAAGGUGCCCAAGGGCAUUCACAACGUCCUCGUGGACUUCAUCUCCCGCCUCUAUGCCGUCUACGUCGACUGCCAGUUCACCUACCUGGAGAUCAACCCGCUGGUGGUCAUCCCCAACGCCGAUGCCACCUCCGCCGACGUCCACUUCCUCGAUCUGGCUGCCAAGCUCGACCAGACCGCCGAGUUCGAGUGCGGCACCAAGUGGGCGGUUGCCCGCAGCCCCGCUGCCCUGGGUCUGCCCACCCUCGCCACCCCGGCCGAUGGCAAGGUCAACAUCGACGCUGGUCCGCCGAUGGAGUUCCCCGCCCCCUUCGGCCGUGAGCUGAGCAAGGAGGAGAAGUUCAUCUCCGACAUGGACGCCAAGACCGGUGCCUCCCUCAAGCUGACUGUCCUGAACGCCAACGGCCGUGUCUGGACCCUCGUCGCUGGUGGUGGUGCUUCCGUUGUCUACGCCGAUGCCAUUGCCUCCGCCGGCUUCGUCUCCGAGCUGGCCAACUACGGCGAGUACUCCGGUGCUCCCAGCGAGUCUCAAACCUACCAGUACGCUAAGACCGUGCUGGAUCUGAUGCUGCGCGCCCCCAUGCACCCCGAGGGCAAGGUCCUCUUCAUUGGUGGUGGUAUUGCCAACUUCACCAACGUCGCCUCCACCUUCAAGGGUGUCAUCCGCGCCAUCCGCGAGGUUGCCCCCGUCCUCAACGAGCACAAGGUCCAGAUCUGGGUCCGCCGUGCUGGCCCCAACUACCAGGAGGGUCUGAAGAACAUCAAGGCCGUCGGCAUCGAGCUCGGCCUGGACAUGCACGUCUACGGCCCCGAGAUGCACGUCUCUGGCAUCGUGCCCCUUGCUCUGCAGGGCAAGAAGACCGAUGUUAAGGAAUUCGGCGCAUAA